CCUGCAGCCAGCUUGCCCGUUCUUCCUCCUGGGUUCAGACCGAGCCCGUGCCGGGAGGGAGCCUGAGCCGGGCCGGCGAAGCAGCCGCGGCGUCCCUCGCUGCCGCCGCCAUGGUGCUCGUCAAGGAAUAUCGCGUCAUUUUGCCGGUCUCCGUGGAGGAGUAUCAAGUGGGGCAGCUGUACUCUGUGGCAGAAGCCAGCAAAAACGAAACGGGUGGAGGAGAAGGGGUUGAAGUCCUGGUGAAUGAGCCCUAUGAGCGUGAUGGAGAACGCGGCCAGUACACGCACAAGAUUUACCACUUGCAGAGCAAAGUCCCCCCUUUUGUGAAAAUGAUUGCCCCAGAGGGAGCCCUGAAUAUCCAUGAGAAAGCAUGGAAUGCAUAUCCUUAUUGCCGAACAGUUAUUACAAAUGAGUAUAUGAAAGAUGACUUUUUAAUCAAAAUUGAAACCUGGCACAAAGCAGACCUCGGGACACAGGAGAAUGUACAUAAACUGGACCCUAAUGAAUGGAAGAACGUGGAAGCCGUCUACAUAGACAUUGCAGAACGGAGUCAAGUGCUUACGAAGGAUUACAAGCCAGAAGAAGACCCUGCAAAAUUUAAAUCCAUCAAGACAGGUCGUGGCCCUUUGGGGCCCAACUGGAAGAAGGAGAUCCUCAAGUCAGACUGUCCGUACAUGUGUGCUUACAAGCUAGUAACAGUCAAAUUCAAGUGGUGGGGGCUGCAGAACAAAGUUGAGAACUUUAUACAGAAGCAAGAAAGGCGGCUUUUUACAAAUUUCCACCGACAGCUAUUCUGCUGGCUUGAUAAAUGGGUUGACCUGACGAUGGAAGAUAUUCGCAGGAUGGAGGAUGACACCAAGAGGCAGCUGGACGAGAUGAGAGAGAAGGAUCCCCUGAAAGGCACGUCGGCUGCAACGGAUGACUAGUGUGGAUUCCUCUUUGUGUUCAUUGCAAACGUCAGCAGGAAGGCCCAAGAAUUCUAUCUUCUUGACCGAUGGACCAUCUCUGGAUCAAGUUGUCCACUAUCCAGUUGGCAGGCAACUUCCAAUCUCCCCUAGCUAACUCUAGUUGCCCCUUUAAUAUUGUGAGCAAAUAGACAGUCGUUCGGUCCUGAGCACUCCAGCACUGGCUCCUGGGAAGGAGGCUGCGCCGUGGGGACAGCCACACCUGUGACUUCACCUUCUCCUGCAGUGUUCAGACCAGUUUCUAUGUGGCCCUUCUUUUGAUUUCUACGUGACAUUUUUAGCUGAAACUAGUUUUGUGACGUGAUUUAGAUUCCUCUGUGUACAUAUCAUUUUCCUUUGAAGCAUUUGGGAUAAACUCUGCUGCCUUUUUUGUUUCUCUUCAGCUCCUCAUCUUCCUUCAGUCAUUUUAUGGAGAGGGGAACUCAGUAUUAGAGUUGCAAUGACUGCUGUUCCAUAGGAUCCCCAAAAUGAUGUGCAGGGUUCUUGUUCUCCAGGUACAAGGUGUUGCUGCUACCCCAAGAGCUCUUGAAACAUGGGAGUGUGUGGGGUGUGUGUGCUCCCUUACUGCUUGCCUCUGUUCUACUGCACACCGGGUCAUUGUGGUUUUGGAGCCCCCUGUUUGCUGCUUUGGGGUUUGUGAGUUUCAAUAGCAGAGCGACCCCUUAAAAUAGUUGUGAAAACGUUUGCUUUUCUCGUCCUUUAUUACAGUUGAUAAGGGAAAAAUGGACUUUCAUUGGACCACCAACAAAUUGUGCAAGCCAAAUUCAGUUCUUUUUCUGUAGGUCCUGCUCAGGUACCCGUGUACCGUUCCUUAAGCAGAAAGAGGGCUGACCCUGAGAAGGGGAGGCAAUGUGGAAAGGGGAUUUAUCUGCCUUUGCAGAGUAUUAAAAAAAAAAAAAUAGAAAUCACAGGUCCUAUUUACAAGCUGGCCAAGCUCUUUGCUGCUGGACGUGAAGACCAGACUCCACCUCUUCUUGUAUCCGUUUUAGACAAUCAGAUGAGCAGAAUGGAACUGAAGGAACUCUGCUGGCUUGAUUCCGGAAGUGGGCAGUAGAAACCCAACUAGCUUGGGGUCCCUGUGGCUUCCUGUGAGGCAGCAACUCUGCAAGCAAGGCCGCCUUUCUCUCCAAAGCGAGCUGCAUCUCAGAGAGAGUAGUCUUCCCCUCCCCCCCACCCCAUGGCUGGCUGUUACUGGCUCCAUCUGCUUGGGAAAAUCAGUGGGAGGGGGAAGGACUUGGUGCGAAUGUAGGUUAAAGCUCUGCAGCUCUGCUUUUGAAGACGGGAAGGGGGGCCCCACUGCUUUGGAGGAGGCAGUUUUUAUCCCUGUUGUUCAUUCUUUUGCCUUACUGAUGACCAAGUGCAAUAAGCAAACUUUUCAGUAGAUGCUUUCUCGGUGACCAUGCAGGGCUUUUGCGUAUGCGUGUGAACGUUGAUUUUUUUUUUUAGGAGGCUGAUCUGUUCUGUUUUGUUUUUUUGCUCUCUAAAAGAGAAGCCCUGCAGUCAAGGCAAAGCUGUUUUGGCCCAGGAACAAGCAAAGGUGCUCCUUAUUUCUUUUCCUCCAGAGCAAGUGAGCCGUCAGGCUAAUCUUCU